GUUGACGUUGAGUGAACUGUCAUACAGUCAAAUAAUUGCUUGCAGAAUGCAGAGAUUUUAUUUGUUUUGUUUGUUAUUCCGACGUGAUUAAACUCGUUGUUUCCUACGAACCUACAUACGCUUAAUGAAGUUGUAAAGUAAAUUUGUCGAUAAGUUUCAUACAGCCAGUGUUCUACACAUAACUCAAUGAGUUCCGUAAAGAAGACUGGUAAAAUAAAAAAGAGAAUAGUAUUUAGCACUCAGGCCCGCCGAAUGAUUGCAAAUGUUUAUCGUUAUCUCAAGGAAGAAUAUAAAUUUACUGUACUUUAUCUAGAACCAAAUUGUGAUAUAUCACAUUUGCGUAAUAUUACCGAGCGCACUGCUGCAGCUACAGGAGUUAGUCCAAGAACAGUGCAAAAAAUUUUGAAGGAAGAAAGAGAUGGAGAAAUUUCUUCUGAAUUUGAAAUUUCACCAAAACGCAAGCAAAGGAAGAAAGGAAAAAUAAAAGAAGAGAUAGAAAGUGACUCUGAAGAAGAUUAUAAUGAAAGUACAGAGGAAACUAUAUCAAGAGAAGAAGAAGAUGCCACAAGUACAUCCCCAAAUAGUGAAUUACCUACAAAAAUUGAAAUAAAGAUAGAAGAUGAAAAUGUAUAAGCAUUAGAAAGAAACUUAUUAUAUGUAUUAUAAAGUGAUGAUUUUCAGCCUAAUUUGAAUAAAUGACUUUUUAUCUUAUCCAUGGGUGCAGAGGGGAUGUUACUGUUAACUAUGAUGGCACAGAGGAUUGUUCCCAGUAAGGCCAGUAUUAUUUGAAGUGUGCGAAGCCAGUGCUAUGCAGUGGGGCAAUAAAAAUGCUGAUGACGCAACUAUUUUAAAGCACACAGUUACACAUGUACUCUUUUGGAAAUUAAAAAUAUGUACUUGUGUAUUUAGAAACAUCCAACUAGGAAGAACCCUUUUUGAAAAUUGAAAUUAUAUCCUUCCUAAUGACCUCUGACCACUGAUUUAUUUAUUUAAGAACUUUAGCUUUUAGUAUAUUGUAAAAUUCUCUCUUUUUUUUGCUUGCUUAGUUUUUAUUUAUUUUAUACAAUGUACACACUAUAUAAUUCUCAUUAGUUGUUUUACUGUACUACAGCAUAGAAACCAAUACUGAAAAUUCUAGCUGAAUAAAGCAUACGUUAUUUCUUA